UAUCGUUAUCGUCACUGUCUCGCAAUGUCGGAUCUCACAGAUUGUUUUGAAUUAAAUAAAACUAAAUUAUUUGAAAAAAUACGAAAUGGCUUGCCCGUCGUGCAGAACAGCCAAAAUCUGUUGGACUGCAGCGACGAUCUACUGUUUGCAUGGGAUGCGGGCGAGUGCAGGUUGCUCGUGAGGAACUGGCGUUCGCAGCUGAUGGUGCCGGAGCAGCGUGCCAAAGUGGAUUAUCAGACGCUUCUGCCUUCGAUCCCGAUCAUUCAGGACAUAGAUCGUGUUACAGUUUCCAACGAGUGCUCCUUGGUGGCACUGAGCGGACCGCGUGGUGUGUGCAUUUUGGAGCUACCCCGCCGCUGGGGUCUCGAUGGCUACUUUCAGGAUGGCCAGGAAAAAGUCCUUUGUCGCACAUACUGUCUGGAUUCUGCUUUGUUCCAGAACAGGCAUCUGGAGGUGCGUCAAGUGCGCUGGCAUCCAAACUCAGUAUCGGACUCCACACUGCUGGUGCUGCUGAACAACAACUGCAUCCGAGUGUACAAUAACUCGAAGCUGCGUCACGUGUGGCAAGUUGGGCCUCUUACUAGGACAAUGACUUCGAUUACCAACUUUGGGGAAGUUGCCGUGGACUUUGAUUUUGCUCCAGCUACAAAGCCGCGCUGUGGCGACCUUACUGCGGCCAACGAAACUACUUUGAACCAAAGCAACAAAUCGCUGGGAGGAAAAACGGCAAAGCAGGAGAAAAUUGAAUGGCCUAUUGUUUUGCUGCGAGAGAACGGAAACAUCUACGUUUUGUUUACUAGCCUGGACUCGGAUAUUACGCGCCUCCAGGGACCCCUAACCAUAACACCUCAGAAAUUAGACAACUACGGCCUAGAGUAUUGCUCGAUCAUGAUCAUUCCCUCGCUGCCUCCCACUAUUGUCAUUGCCGAGUCAAAAGGAAAGCUCCACCAUGCACUCCUAUUGGAUGCCGAGGCCGCCGAGCAUUCCUUCAAUGAAGUUGAUGACUUUAUUCUCAUAGAGCCCGCUCAGUUUGUCAUACAUGUGCUGGAAACGGUUGAGCUCGAGUUGGGUCUUUCUGGCGCAUCAAAUACUGCACCAAAAACCCCCAUCACCCAGCCUAAUACACACAUACACUUGAAACGAGAUAUCAUCAACGAGCUGCGCUACUUUGCCUAUCACAACGCUGGCUUGCACGUGGUCACUGUCAGCUUCAUCUCCGAGCUGCAGCGCUAUCUGGACAGUGAGUCGGAGCAGGACAGACUGGAGUUGGCGUCAUCCUCCAGGGCCGAGUACGUCCUGUGCACAAAGUUCGACUCCAGUGAGCGGAUCAAUGCUGUCUGCGGCAUAUCUCUAUUACAGCUGCCAGCUGGUGUGGUGCUUCUGUUGGCCAGCGGUCAAGUGAUCAGCCUAAAGCUGGUCAUCGAUGCCCAGCUGUUGGUGGCCCCCAGUGAGAAGACGCAGCGAGCCUCCGAUGUGGAUCAGCAAGAGUCUGGACCUUCAUUCCUUGACAAAAUUAAAGCUCUAUUGCAGCGCAAUGUCAACCAACCGAUUCUCGCUAACAAGCUGUCCUCGGCGUCCCCCCACGAGGGAUACGAGCUACUAAACCAGGCUAUUGAAGUGUUGCGCGAACAGUACCUCAAGCGACACGACCUCGUCCGUACCGAGUUUGCGAAGCACAUCAAUCAAAUUCUACUGAGGAAGGAGCAGCAACUGCGUGAGAUCCAGGAGCUGGAACAUGAGCGGGAGAUAAUCAGCGAGGGUGCCCACAAGCUGGCCGAGCGUUUCGAGGAAAUCAGCGACAACCAGGAGCUAUUGGUGCGCAAGUGUCACAGUCUGAUGCAGAAGGCCAACACCGCUCUGCCCAACAAUGUCGUGGCCGAGCACGAGUUCACCCAAGAGGUGUCACGAAUUAACAAGGCCACAAAGGGUAUGGCUGCUGACCUGGAUGCCGCCAAGAAGAUGUUGAACAAACAGCGCUAUCACAUCGCCAAGAGCCAGGACGAACUGAAGAGCAAUGUCUACGAACUGCCAGAAAAACAACAUCGCACCAUAACUGAGAUCCUGACCCAACUGAACGGGGAGAUUGACCGGCAAAUAACCGAUGCCAAGCGUAUAAACAAGAUUGUCGGCGUAUAAGUUAGUUCCAGCUCGCAGCUUGAUAACACAUUUAUGCGAUUUUAUUGAAGAACUGAAAAAUAUUAAUUAAUAAAUAACAUUACUGUUCGAAUAAGUUGUCCCAGUUGUAUCCACAUCCAAUGUAUUCCUGCCCAUUUACU